UCUUCACGAGUUCUUCGCAGCGCACCGCAGCGCUGAGUACGAGUAAUGGUGAACAGUUGAUUUCAGAGUACUCAUCAUUGCAACAAUUAUAGCAAUGGUGGUAUAUUAAAGUGUAACGAGUAAAUAUUUUGAAUAGCUUUGGCUCUACUUCUUGUCAAGUAAUGGGGAAAACAAAGACCAAGAACCAAAAGAAAUCGCGAGUAACUGCCAACCAUCUGGCAGAGGAGACCUUCGGGGCUGUCCCGCACUCCUUCGUAUUUCAUCGGGGUCAAAUCGGGAAAAAUGUCGGCCAACUGUUGCUGGACAUGCGGCGAGUCAUGGAGCCCUACACUGCGGAGUCCCUGAAGAUGCGGAAAAAGAAUGUGCUGAAAGACUUUGUGACGAUAGCAGGACCAUUGGGAGUGACACACUUUGUAAUUUUCAGCAAGACACCCAGUAGUGUAAAUAUGAGGGUUGUUAGACUUCCUAAGGGCCCCACGCUUCAUUUCAAAGUGAUCAAGUAUGCCCUCAUCAAAGAUGUGAUUUCUUCACUGAAGAGACACAGAAUGCACAAACAGCAGUUCACGCAUCACCCAUUACUGGUUCUUAAUAACUUUGGUUCCAAUGGCAUGCAGGUCAAGCUCAUGGCCACCGUGUUUCAAAACAUGUUCCCUUCCAUCAAUGUGCACAAGGUAAACCUCAAUAAUAUCAAGAGGUGUGUCCUGCUGAAUUAUAACCCAGAGUCCCAGGAGAUAGAAUUUCGACAUUAUAGCCUGAAAGUUGUCCCUGUGGGCAUGAGCCGUGGAGUCAAGAAGCUCAUGCAGGAGAGGUUUCCCAAUAUGAACAAGCUGGAGGACAUCAGUGAACUGCUGAUGAAAGGAGCAAAUCUGUCGGAGAGUGAAGCAGAGCAAGAUGGAGAACACAAUAUAACUGAGCUGCCCCAGAUUUACUCUGGCAGAGGUAACAUGGCUUCGCAACAAAGUGCUGUGCGAAUGACAGAGAUUGGUCCUCGCAUGACUCUUCAGUUGGUGAAAAUACAGGAAGGCAUAGGAGAGGGCAAUGUUCUUUAUCACGCUGUUGUUUCCAAGACAGAGGAAGAAAUUCAGGCGAUACUGGCCAGAAAAGAGGCCCAGCUGAAAGAAAAAGAAGAGCGCCGGAAGAAGCAAGAGCAGAACAUCGUCCAAAAGAAACAGAAACAGGAAGAUCACAAGACCAAGAGCUUGGAGGGCAUUAAGAGGAAGCGUGAAGAGGCUGAAAAAGACAAUGAAAUCGAGGAUCCAGGAAUGCAGGAAGAACAAGCUGCCUGCAAUGAGUCUGAGGAUGAGGUGGAAUACUACAGGCAAGCUGUAGGGAAGGAGCCAGAUGCAGAUAUGUUCCCUGUUGCCAAGAAGGCGAGGGGCCCAGGAAAAUCCCCAGGACCCUUCAAGAAGAGGAAAAAGUCCUUGGGUCAAGACAGAAGUGCUAAAUUAUCCCAGGGACACAGUCCGAGGGGACAACACAGAGAAAUGGCUAGAAAUCAAAAAAGAAAAGAGGGGAAGAAACGUGGGGAUGGGGAGAAACCAUUUGGGAAGAAAAUCGGGCCAGGGGGCAAGAGACUUGGAGGAAGGAAACCAGGUGACAGGGAAAAGAAUUUUGGAGGGAAGAAAAAGUUUGCAGGGAGCCGUACCUUUGGUGGAAAGAAAAACACAGAAAGAGGAUUCAAAUCUAAGGGUCAGACAGGCAAACCUGGCUUCAAAAAGGGUCCCGGGGCGAAACGAGGCUUCAAGCAGCGAAAGGGCAAAAGCUGAACUCUGCUGCCUUUCUGGACCAUGACUUGCGUGCACUGCCAGGACAGAACACUAGAUGGCAGCAUGCGCCAUCCCACAGCCUGUAAAGACGGCCAAGGACAGAAUUAUGGUCGUUUGUGGAGAAAUGUUUAUUGCUUAAAAUCGCAAGAGGCGGAGUGCUACUUUUUUAUAUUAUGUGAAUAAACAAUAAAAUAUUGUUUAACAGAUAAAUUACUUGGAGAACAUGGUUUAUGCCAUUUAGCAGUUCUCAUCCUAUAUGUGCAUGGGUACAGGAGGUGGACAAAGUAGCUGAAAUAAAAAUGGACUUUCAAGUAACUAAAUCACAUUUAAAACACAAAAAAAGAUAGCUAAACUGUAGUCAUAUAUACUUGAAUGCCAGCUGGUACUAUGUGUUAGCUAUCAAAAGUAGUCUGUACUCUGAUAUGUGAGUUUUCAAAGCAGCAUUGAGACAACAGAAUUCCAAAGAGGCCAAGUAGCUGAUGGCUAAAUUGCAGGUACAUCAGUCACAACAACUGCAGAAUUGGUUAAUUUGUGAAGGGAAAAGGUGGUUGCAAAUCAAAGCCCAUGAUGGGGAUACAGAGACAAUAGGGUGAUUGCUAAACUAUGCAGCAUCAAUUACCACACGCUUUAGGAGUUUGACAGAAUUGCUAUUUGGAGACCACUUAUAUCCAAGGCCGCUGUGCAAAGUUAUACAACCUGGUGUAAGAAACAAAACAUGGACCCCUGAGCAAUGGCAAAAAGUAAGGUGCUCUGAUGAGUCAUCGUUCACCCAUUUUCCUACGAUGAGGUAUGUAUGUGUUUUUUUUAACAAUAGUACGGUAUCCCACACUACACUUCAGGAUUUGUAUGAAUGCAUUCCAAGAAUUGAUUUAGGGUGGCCCACUUUCUUACUAGAUGCUUCAUGUUAAUAUAAUAAAAUAUGGUAAAAGGACUUUCGCAUUGCAACAGCCUUCCUGAUAACUAAGGAAAUUGCAUGUUUAUCAGUCCACCAUUGAGGAAAAGGAAGUAUGACGCAUAGUUUC